GUCACCACCAGGAAUCGAACGAGGGACCUUCGCUUGAGGCCAGCCUAGCGCCUGGUCUUCAUCAUAUUGGCAUUGUUCAGGUAGUUGCCGUGUGACUAGCUAGGACAGCCUAGGCCCUUACCACUUGUGUUCCAACUAUUAAUUUUACUUCUCGUCUCAACAAACAACUCGAGCCUUGUUUGACUAGCCAUAGCUAUGGCAUAGAUAGAUCUACAUCGUGAACGUGAUAGCUAAACAAUCAUAAACUCUCAAGUACAUCUACGGCAGCAGUGGUUAGCUUUUCGGAGAGAUGAGGUCGAUACUAAUUUGGAGUAUUGUUCUAAUUCCCGUGAUCGCUAUUUGCCUGCGCUCGUUCAGAACCCAGACGUACCAAGACGUAAAAGUGGAGGAUUUGAAUGAGGAGUACGACUUCAUUAUCGUGGGUGCUGGCUCAGCAGGUUGCGUUCUGGCUGCACGCCUGUCCGAGAAUGCUGAUUUCAAUGUCUUGCUCCUGGAGAGUGGUGGACACGAUGAUCACCCGGAUGGGCAAUUGCCUAUCGCUGCGAGCAAACUACCGCUUACUAAGCACAACUGGCGGUACAUGGGGGACAGCGAGCCAGGGGCUCGAAUUGGCAAGUUGAAAUACGCCGGCCAGACACACUGGAUAGCUGGUCGCUCACUUGGUGGAUCGUCUGCGCUAAACUGGAUGAUGUACACACGAGGCAACAGGGAUGAUUACAACGCCUGGCAGAGCAGUGGAGCAGCAGGCUGGUCUUACGACCACGUGCUGCCUUACUUCAAGAAAGCCGAGUCUUACAUCGGCUCCACGGCAGUGGAUGCUGGCUACCAUGGUAACGAUGGUCCUCUUGCUGUUACUACGGUGACGUACGUACCACCCGCUAUGGAGGCGUUGCUGGCAGCAGCAGCAGAUGCCGGUCACACAACACAUCAUGACUACAACGGAGCAAGUCAGUUUGGAUUUACCAAGACCCAGUACACGAUCAAGAACGGUCGACGCUGGAGCACGGCAGAGGCAUACCUACGACCGGCAUGGCAUCGACCAAACUUGCACGUCAUGACCGGGGCGCACGUGUCUCGUAUCCUAGUGGAGAACGGGAGCGCUGUUGGAGUGGAGUUUUAUCCGCCACUCUCACUGCAACUUCGGACUGUGAAAGCUACACGUGAAGUUCUAGUCAGUUCUGGUACGGUGGGUUCAGCUAAGAUUUUCAUGUUGUCUGGAAUUGGACCAAGAGAUGAGCUAGCCAGGCACAACAUACCUAUAGUGGCUGAUCUUCCGGUUGGCCAAAACCUUCAAGACCAUGUUAUAACCGGCAUUCCGGUAGUUCUUAGCGGCCCUUACGGGUACAGCCGUCGGGAUAUUAUGUCACUGAGAAGCAUAUUAUCGUACCUUGUGUGGCACUCUGGGCCUCUAGUCACUUCAACCCUGGACCUGACUGGAUUUGUACGCACAAAGCACGCCAUCGCCGCCAACUCCACACAGCCCGAUGUCCAGUACUAUGUUGCGUGCAACGGUAUAGAUGACGACCUGAGCACGGUCAUGGCCAAUGUCAGGAUGGAGUACAUGAAAAUGGCUGCCCACACGCUGGGUGGUAGGAAUCUAAAGGAUAUGCAUACUUGUAGUAUAUUCCCCAAUAUUCUUCAUCCAGAGAGCAGAGGCCAGGUGCUCCUAAAAUCAACCGAUCCUUUUGAAUUGCCGUUGAUUAAACCGAAGUAUUACUCAUCCCCCCAAGACAGAGAGGUACUGCUUGAAGGUGUAAAGAUGGCCCUGGAACUGCUACGGGGUGAUGCCAUGAGUGAGAUGGUGAACAGUUCGGAUUAUCUAGUGCUCUAUGACUCAAUACGGCGGCGUGCAUGUGCCAGUCUAGAUAUACGGUAUGAUAGUGAUGACUGCACACGACUGGCCACUGAAGAAGCAUCAAGCACCGGCUGGCAUUACGUUGGUACGUGCAAGAUGGGUGCAGCCAGCGAUCCUACGGCUGUCGUUGACGAGACUCUACGUGUCCGUGGUAUACACGGUCUACGUGUAGUGGAUGCAUCCGUAAUGCCUCUGUUAGUCUCUGGCAAUACCAACGCACCAACAAUCAUGAUUGCGGAGAAAGCCGCCGAUCUCAUCAAGGAAGAUUGGAGUGGAAAUAGCUAGGCAACUUCGGACUGGUCUUACUGCAUGUGUCUGGAACACGUGUGCCAACGGUUUCACACAGGCUUGGUCCUAUUUCUAUCUAUAAUAUUAUUAUAUCUCUUCUUCUCCAUCUAACUUUCCCUCACUCCCCCCCCCCCCCCUCUCUCUCUUCUCUCUCUCGCUCACUAUUACUGACUACUAUUUGCUCAGUCUCCCAUGCUGAUGGCUGGCCAUCCUCAUGUGCCUCAUUCAGAAGUUAGCAGUGUUGGAGAUAGACUAGCGCUGACGCUCUUCAGUUGGAAAUCGAGCUUGUCAAAUGUAUGUAACUUGGUCAGAGAAUUACAAAUUACAAAUGAAAAAUUAUUAUAGAAGAGAUUUCAGAACAAUAUCUUUAUUAUUUACAUCAUUGACAGAAGAACCUUGACUUCAGGUCACAGUGCUCAAUUCACGGCGUGCAGAGUUGUAUU